CUAAGAUGUGAUGAGGGUGAUUUAAGAUCACGUUGUGUUGUGCUUUCUGCAAUAUUCGUUGUUUCAUUAUAUGUAAUUUUAUACUGUAGAAAGUUUUUUAUGAAAAAUUGUUCUUUAAGAUGGCUUAUCAACGCGUUGUGCUGCUAUUAUUUCUAACAACAUAUUGCGAUUCAGCGAAUAUCCUGUAUGCGAUCCCGUUUACAUCCAAGUCCCACUACAUAAUGUUAAGACCUAUUGGCUUAGAAUUAGCACGUAGAGGCCACAAUGUUACAGUUAUUACGGCCAAUAGGGAGACCAAUCCGCCACCCAAUUAUCGCGAAAUUAUGGUUGACGAUAAAGAAAUUUGGGACGUUAUGGGUGGUGAAAGGCCUAACAUCUUCACAAUGGUCAAUCUAUCCGCUGAAGAGUUCCAUGAAAAGAUAUUCUGGUAUGCCGGUACCGCAUUUACAGAACUUACUCUCAAUUCGACUGCUGUGAAAGCAUUUUUAAAUGAGGAAAACACAUUCGAUUUGGUUAUCUGCGAGCAAUUCUUUCAAGAGGCUCUGUAUGCACUUGCCCACAAAUAUAGAGCACCUCUCGCCUUGGUCACAACGUACGGGAAUUGCAUGAGACACAAUUUCGUCACAGGGAAUCCUUUACAAGUAGCCACAGCGAUUUCUGAGUUCCUAGACUUAGAUGACCCUACAAGUUUCUGGGGAAGAUUCAGGAACUCGUACUUUACUUUAUACGAGUAUGUUUGGUGGAAAUAUUGGUAUUUGGGAAAACAAGAGGCGUUGGUUAAGAAGUAUAUCCCAGGGUUGCCACAACCUACACCCAGUUUGUUCGAUAUACAGAGAAAUAAUUCAUUGAUGCUGAUUAACAGUCACUUCAGUUAUGAUACUCCGGUAGCUUAUUUGCCUAAUAUUGUGGAGAUUGGAGGUAUACAUUUAACGAAAACAGAAAACAGCCUUCCCAAGGACCUUCAGCGUCUCCUAGAUGACUCAAAACAAGGCGUAAUAUAUAUUAACUUUGGUUCAAAUGUUCGAAGUGCAGAACUACCGAUUGAGAAGAGAGAUGCCUUUCUCAAAGUUUUCGGAAAACUAAAUCAAACAAUUCUAUGGAAGUGGGAAGAUAAAACAUUACAUGGACAACUGAGAAACCUAGUAACGAAACCGUGGCUACCUCAAAGGGAAAUUUUAGCUCAUCCGAACAUAAAGGUGUUUAUCUCACACGGAGGACUUAUCGGAACACAAGAAGCUAUAUACAAUGGGGUUCCCAUCAUAGGCAUACCUAUAUACGCGGACCAGUUCAACAAUCUUCUUCUUGUUCAGCAAAUUGGAUUUGGAAGAGUACUACGGUAUCAAGAUAUAAAUGAAAACGCAUUGGAAUCUGUUCUGAACGAUGUACUGACUAAUAAAAGUUAUGCAAGCAAAGCCAAAGAGAUGUCCAAACGAUUUAACGAUAGACCAAUGAAUCCUCUCGAUACUGCUGUGUAUUGGUUAGAAUAUGUGAUACGUAAUAAAGGUGCCGAAUUUAUUAAGAAUCCCGCAAGAAAUAUGAGUUGGUAUGAGUAUACUUUAUUCGAUGUUUACAUUUCUGUUGCAAUAGUUGUAUUAGUAAGUGUAAUGAUUACAAAUAUGUUAAUUCGUAAGUUGGCAAAUUUGCCAGAAUUUUCUAUCUCAAUAAGAAAACACAAAAAGGUCCAGUGAUUAUUGUUUAGCCAUUUUAAGUUAAAUAAAAUAUGUUCUUGUUUCUUAUCUAAAUUAUGAUAAUGCCUCUUUGUUUAUGGUUACAGUAUUAUGUAAGAAUUUCACAUAAAAUCUGUAGGGUAGAUAAUAAUAUACGUGAUAUGAUAAAGAUAGGCCUCCAUUUUUAUAGACGAUAAUUUCUGCCUACAUGAUAUUUAUAUGAUAAGUCAUAUUUUUCCUGUGGUUCUGUUCCACGCAUGUUCUUAAUAAAUUAUUUAUGGAACUUUAAUAAAAAAAAAUUAUUGUUGUGCAUGUACGUCUUCUGCCAUUAUUCACUAGUUUAAAUUGUUAUCUAUACUGAUAUUAUAAAACUGAAGAGUUUGUUUGAACGCGCUUAUCUCAGGAACUACUGACACGAUUUGAAAAUUCUUUCGGUGUUAGAUAACUCAUUUAUCGAGGA